AUGGUCGUCUCAGACGAGGAGUAUAUAGCCGAAAGUCGGGAUCCGACGCCGGAACCCACCCCGGAGUUCAUUGACGGAGGCGAUUCACCUACUCGGGGAAUCUUGAAGAAUGGAAAAAGUGCACCAAAAGAGAAGAAGAAACAUCUGGAGGGCGAAAUUAUGAAUGGAGAACGGGUACCCGAUAUGCAAUUAGGAAUGCCGAUAUGUAUCGAUUACGAUGACAAGGUCGAAUACUGGUCGCUGCGGGUUAUCAUUUCCGAGGCAGAAGGGCCGAGACGAGGUCUCCUCAUCCAGGAGGCCAAAAAGACCUGCUACGGCAAAUGGUAUAUGCCGGCAGGACGUGUCGAAGCCGGCGAAACACUUGAGAACGCUGUUAAACGAGAAGUUCGAGAAGAGUCCGGUUAUGAAUGUGAUGUAAUCGAAUUGUUAUCACUAGAGGUUCAAGGCGAAGUGGUUGGUAUCGAUUCUCAUUCUUUUGUGAAAUAG